GCCGCCGCUGCCGCUGCCGCCGCCGCCACCCUCGGUCGCCAGCGAGUGGAAAGAAAGAGGAAGCACCCGAAGAGAAAGCAAAAGCCAGCUGGGGAAGCGCUGGCUGCUUGGCCGGCUGCUCGCUCGCUCGCUCGCUCGCCUCUUCUCCGCCUGGCUCCCGCUCUCCCGGAGCAUCCUCCUUUCCCCGGGUGGGCUUCUGCCUCCCUCGCCGUCUGCUGCUGCCAUGGCCCAGGAGAACGGCGAGGACAGCUCCUCCUGGAAGAAGCAAGCCGGCGACAUCAACAAGAUCUUCGAGUUCAAGGAGACCUUGGGGACUGGUGCCUUUUCUGAAGUGGUUUUAGCAGAACACAGGGCUACUGGGAAACUAUUUGCUGUCAAGUGCAUACCAAAGAAAGCACUGAAAGGAAAGGAAAGCAGCAUAGAGAAUGAAAUUGCAGUUCUCAGAAAGAUCAAGCAUGAAAAUAUUGUUGCACUUGAAGACAUCUAUGAGAGUCCAAGCCACUUGUAUCUCGUCAUGCAACUAGUAUCUGGAGGUGAGCUAUUUGACCGCAUUGUGGAGAAGGGAUUUUACACUGAGAAAGAUGCAAGCACUUUAAUACGGCAAGUCUUGGAUGCUGUGUAUUAUCUCCACAGAAUGGGCAUUGUUCACAGAGACCUCAAGCCUGAAAACCUGUUGUACUACAGCCAGGAUGAAGAAUCUAAAAUCAUGAUUAGUGAUUUUGGGCUUUCAAAAAUGGAGGGUAAAGGUGAUGUCAUGUCCACAGCUUGUGGCACCCCAGGAUAUGUUGCUCCUGAAGUGCUUGCCCAGAAACCCUACAGCAAAGCAGUGGACUGUUGGUCCAUUGGAGUUAUUGCAUAUAUUCUGCUCUGUGGUUAUCCACCUUUCUAUGAUGAAAAUGACUCCAAGCUUUUUGAGCAAAUUCUCAAGGCAGAAUAUGAAUUUGACUCUCCAUAUUGGGAUGAUAUAUCUGACUCUGCAAAAGAUUUUAUUCGGAAUUUGAUGGAAAAAGAUCCCAAUAAAAGAUAUACAUGUGAGCAAGCAGCACGGCAUCCAUGGAUUGCUGGAGACACCGCCCUCAAUAAAAAUAUCCAUGAAUCUGUCAGUGCUCAGAUACGCAAGAAUUUUGCAAAAAGCAAAUGGAGGCAAGCUUUUAAUGCUACAGCAGUUGUGAGACACAUGAGAAGGUUACAUCUUGGCAGCAGUUUGGACAGUUCAAAUGUAAGCGUAUCAAGCUCCCUCAGUUUGGCCAAACCUUUACCUGACGGAACAGCCAGGAAAGACUGUAUGUCCCCAUCCACUCUCUGUAGUUUUGCAUCAUCAGCAUCAACUGGCAUCUCAGCUGUAGGAGAGAGGAGACCAAGGCAGACCACAGUCACAACAGUGCACACGGGGAGCAAGUAAUCCAGACCCUUCCCCCAACCUCAGGAAGACGUCAGAGAUGGGGGAAGGUGCCCAGGUGGGCAAGGAGGCAGGCAAGCUAACCUUCUCCUGGGUGAUUUCAUCCUGCAUUACAAAGUCGGCGAAGGACUAAAAGGAAUGAAGCUUUUUUUAAAAUGGCCAUAUUUUAUACUGCAAUUCUGAAAUGUUUGCAUUUGUCACAAACUUCAGGGGAGGGCUAGGGGCUGGGGAACAGAUCUAACAAUAUCUGGUGCUGGGUCAGCAAAUCUAGAAAUGUUCUAACUGAAGGACACUCAUGUUAGUUCCUCAGUGAUUUAUUCUGUUCUCACUGUAGGUAACAGUACAUGCUUUGUUUCAUUAACUAAAGGUUUCAACUGGAUUAUUUAAUUAGCAUUAAUUUCCAAGCAUUAUUACUUUUUGUUUUCAUUUUUCAUAUUUUUAGCUGUGUUUAUUUUGUUCAGGGCUAGAGAGUACAUAGAAUUUUGCAUUAACCUUUCAAACCGAGAUGAUUGCAAAUGUUUGUUAUAUAUAUUAUUCCUUAGUUCCUAACUGUGGGUUGCAAACUUGUCUGGAUCUUCUAGUGAGGGUGAAAAUUAGCAGAUUUCCUCCGCUCUCUUGUUGUGGAACAUGAGGCAAGAACAAGGUUUCGUUCCCUACCAGUCACAUGAAGAUUUACUCUGCAGUGGCCUAAUUCUGAGUAGAUGCUCUGUACCCACAGGAAAGGAUGGCCUUUGAGUAUUAAAGGAUAACAGUAGUGGCAUUCUGCAAUCUGAGAUGAUAAGAAAGCUAUGGCUGAUAGUUUCUUUAGCCUGUCACUUUCCGUCGUACUCUGUACAUCAUAUAUAAGCUCCAUCCCAGUUGUUCCUGUUGCAUUCUUCCUUCCUUAAGCUUAUCUCUCUGUAUCAAUGAAAUAUGCCCACACCAUUCAAGGCAGUGCCUUCUUUCAGAAAGAAUUUGAUCCAUCAAGCUAAAUGGGUGAUCAUCACAAAAUACUUCACACAAAGGCACACUUUUGUUUGCCUCUAUCCAUGUAUACACCCAUAGGUGUGAAGUGGGAUUCAUUGAGGAGGACUGGUAAACUGGAUCUUACCUGUAAUUUGUUAGGAGGUAUUUAUGCAACCACAUUGACUGUAUGAGGGCAUCACCUGAUUAUCCUCAUGGUGUUGUGAGUGGUCUCUUAAACACACUGAUACUUCUGUGGCACAUGGACUAGAGUUUAGAUCUGGGCUCAAUGUCUCCUGAAAAGUCUUACUUAGGAGAAGGUGAACUUCAGUUUUUGAUCCAUGCUGGAAUAUGUGCAGGACUGGCCACUGCACAUUAAUCAUCAUGUGCUGGCUUUAGAGUGUCAGAAAGUUUAUGUAAGUUAUAUUUGCUAAAGUAAGCAGUCUGUUCCCUCCUGGUGAUUUCAGGUAAAAAUUCUGUGAACAAGGAUCAUUUACUGUGCUGGCUGGAGCUUCUGAGACUUCAAAUCCUGGGGAGGACAUUGAGUCACCAACUCGCCAUACUUUGUCACAGAUCAGGCUAGCCAUAUUUGAAUCUUCUGAGGGAAAGAACUUCCAGUUUAUUAUCAUGGCAUAACAGCACUGAGCAUCUGCAUUUCUCACUUAAUGUGUUGGUGCUCAUUUGUAGUCUGUUGUCAUCCUGUGUUGCGCUUUGCUGGUGGUUUACAAGCCGUCCACUUCUGGUGGUUGGGGGAGCACUCCAGAGAAGGGACAGGAGUGGAAGUGUGUUGGGCCUCUCCUUCCUCUCCCCAGGAUUUCAGGCCUUGUCCUAAAGGGGAGAGAAGGACCUUUUCUCUUCAGAGAGAUUGUGAUAUUUUCUCCCAACAUUGAGAACAUGCAUCUCCUUCCUUUGGUCGAAAGCCAAAACCUAGAGCACAGUACAAAUCAUGUGUACGUCUUCCCUCACUGUCUUUCUCCAGUAUCCCAAGCAAUAUUUUAAAAACAAACGGAAUGCCAGAAAUUCCCUUUGGAAGAUCUUCUUUUUACAUUUCUAUAGUUAGCAUGUUUUGCAAAAUACACCAUUAACCUCUGAAAGGAAGGGCUCCAUAUGUAAGUACAAUUAUUAUUAAUGCUUACUACACCAAGGGCUGUAGUAUGUUGUUCUAGCAAGGAGGAAAGGGCUGAGCUUUGUGAACAAGGCUGAUAAAAGGCCCAUGAGAGGCACUACAGUAGGUGAUCACCCACCCCAUCCCGCUCACUAAAAAUUGCAUCUGAUCAGUGUACAUGAUCUCUAGAUGGUACAGAGCCAUGCUUCUUUGAUGACACUCUGUCACUCGCAUUCAUUUGAACAGCUCAUGGCCCUCCUGAUCUUGUUGGGCUCCACCUCCCAGCAUUCCUCUGCCGGCUAGGCCUCUAUCUAGAAGGCUGCCCUUUGCCCACUUCUGCCAGAGCUCUUCAGCAAAACAUGAGCUCUUGAUGCCAGAAGUUUCAGAUUCAGUGUUGCCAUCUGCUUAAAGCAAGGUGGUGCAACCUGUGGCCCACCAGAUGCUGUAGGACUGUAAUUUCCAUCAGUCCCAGAAAGCAUAACCAGUUGCAGGACAACUAUAUAUGAAGAGUGGAAUGUUGUGCACACCUAGAUUAAAAGAUAACAGGGCCAGGUACGGCUUCUGUUGGGGGCUUUUGGACGACUGCUGCUGUUUACUGUAGAGACAAUUACUAGCCUAAAUAGGUCGGAAUCCUGUUGUUUUGUGCAGGCCUUCUGCAGGCAGAGCACUAUUCCUAAGCCUUGUUGUCUUGUAGUUAUAUAAGCUGUGGUUGCCCCUUGCUUUAAACGGGGGUGUUCUGCUCUUGCAAGGAGUUGUUGGACUCCCUUGCAUAAUGCUUUCCCUGUCACAAGGAUAUUAAACACAGUAUGGAAGACUUGCUUUUUUUUUUUUGAACCAAACUAUAAGUCCCAUAAUACCAUAGUUAUUGGCAACACUGAGAGUCAGUUCUGGGAAUUGUAGUCCAAAAAGUAAUUUCUCCAAUGUCUUGAUUAGAUGGGUCAAUAAUCUGUUUUAAUAUAAGGCAACUUCAUGUUUCCUUCAUAAGUCUCCUGUUCUGUAUGAUAUAGAAUAGUGAGAGCUGUGUUUUUGCUUACAGCACCUGCCCAUCUAAUUUAGCAUGCUUUUUCCCAGACAACUCUGGCUGCUCCAAAGCAAGGCAUAGAGGUAAUGUCCUUCCACUGUUCUGUGUCCCCAGGAUCUGCUACUUAGAGGUAUAUUGUAUCCACACUGAAGUUCAAUAAAACUCUUCCAGAUGUAUACAAGAGCCAGCAAAUAUGCUGUAAAAGGCUUCAACAUAUUUAUCAUUUUAAGAGGCUGAAGCUGUUGUUUUAGAUCAAGCCCCCUAAGCAGAAGCACCUAGCAGAUUUAAAAUCAGUUGCACCGUGACAAAGAUAUUACCCUAGAGAGAUCCCAGUACUGACCUGUUCAUGAUGUAUAGUGAGGCCUGGAACUAUUAUGGAAUUAGUUUUCUCCAGAUUCCAUAACCACUGUAUGAUAUUCUACCUUGUAGAACAAUGUGAUUUCUCGUGACAUAACAGGAGUUUCCUGAAAUACACGGAUGAGCACCUGUUUUUUCCAUUGUGCCUACAUAAUUCACAAGUAUAUCACUUUGUAAAUCCUGCAGCUUCUAACACCCGCUGCCAAACAGCUUCUUGCAAAAACUAUAGUUUUGUUGGAGUCUGUUUUAUAAUAUUCUGCCAAAGAACAAGGUUAUGAUUUAGGGGAACAAACAACAGAAAAUUGCAAUAGCAUUCCCUUAACGCUCUUUUGAUAACAUAAAACAGCCCCACUGAUUAAUGAUUAUUCCAUAAAAUAGAUAAAUGUCAGCUAAAUAAAUAUAUUUCCAAUUUC